AUGUGUUACAGUAGACGUAGUCGUUCUUCAUCAGACUGCGAAUCAAGCGUGGUCGGCGUAUCAGAGCAGUACGGGACGGCAGUAGGCCGUGAGUCAACAGAGGAAGAGGGUAAUCAUCAUCACCAACAGCAUCACGAAAACCAGGUUGACCCUGAGGACCCAGAAGAAGCUUCAAAACGUGUCGCUGCCGUUCAGGUUCAAGUCCAGGGCAUGGAGGGCGACUGGAGGGCGUACUGCGAGCAUCCGCUUUCAGUAGCUACCGCGGCCAUGCUCAACCUCCAGCAGCAGCACCAAGUCUCAGCGGUUUCUGGACACCCUGACGAGCAGAAUGUUCCCUACGUCUACGAGUACUACAAGUUGCCCGAGAAGUCUUCUGAGGUUAAAUUACCGCCGACUCACGAGUUAUGGUCAACCGGAGUUAUGGGUCAGAAACUCCUUGUCGAGAGCGCCGGCUCUCGAUUAGAGAAUUCGGAGAACGGAAGCGGUGAACUCCACCAUUUUCUGCAUCAAUAUAAUCAGCAAUCACCGAGUCCAAAUCAAAAUCUCCAGGGAAACAUCCCUUUGCCCCUCAGCCCUCAAUCUUUGAGACACGACGGUUCUUCGGGAAUCGGUAUCAAAAGAGAACCUGAGGACCUGAGUUCUUCACGUGGUGCUCAGCAGUCUAAACGGCACAAACAGGCUCAGCCGGAUAGUCCUACGCCCCCGGGAAUGUAUCAUCAUCAUCAGCAGCAGCAGCAGCAGCAGCAGCAACAACAGCAACAACAGCAACAGCAUCAAUUACAGGUCCAACAGUACGGAAGCCCCUACGAUCCAUACUCAGCGUGCAGUCCGCGGCUAUCAACCUACAACUCCGGUUCAAAUGCCAGCGGAAGUGCGACGCCAGGUCUUCACCAAGGGGAAGGGAACACCGUCUACGUAACCAGCGAAGCUCUUCCACCUCUAGCGUCCUCAAGUUCAGCCGCACUUUCCACGACAACGACGUCCUAUACCAGGUACGAGGUGGUGCCCAGUUCGUACACCACCCACGCAAUAAGGUCCUCGUCCAGCAGCAGCAAGGUCCUCACCGUAGACCUUCCAAGUCCCGAUUCUGGGAUUGGGGCUGACGCAGUAACUCCAAGACAGGACCACCAUCCUCCGACAGCUUUGCACCAGUCCUCAUUCGACUACACUGAGCUGUGUCCCAGCAAUAACAAUAAUGCAACGACAGUGGUCCUUGAAAGUGGAGCUGUUGUUCAUCAUCAACCUCUCCAGCUUCAAUUACAACAGUCUCACAAUCAGAGCCAGGUCCAGCGGGGACUGGUGAAUCCUUCAGCUUCAGCUUCACCAUCUACUACUCCAAAUCCUCCUAGAUCCAGACCUUGGCACGACUUUGGGCGCCAGAAUGACGCAGAUAAAAUUCAGAUACCAAAAAUUUAUUCAGCGUAUGGGUUCAAGUAUCAUCUGGAAUCACCGAUAAGCACGUCACAGCGACGGGAAGAUGACAGAAUAACGUAUAUUAAUAAGGGUCAAUUUUACGGAAUCACUUUAGAUUAUGUUCCCGAUCCAGACAAACCACUUUUGAAAACCGGACAAACUGUUAAGAGUGUUGUAAUGUUAAUGUUCCGUGAAGAAAAAAGCCCAGAAGACGAAAUAAAAGCUUGGCAAUUUUGGCACGGUCGGCAGCAUUCAGUGAAGCAACGGAUUCUUGAUGCGGACACGAAAAAUAGCGUUGGAUUGGUUGGCUGUAUCGAAGAAGUUGCUCAUAAUGCCAUUGCUGUUUAUUGGAAUCCAUUAGAAUCUUCAGCAAAGAUAAACGUCGCAGUACAGUGUUUAAGCACGGAUUUUUCAAGUCAAAAAGGUGUAAAAGGAUUGCCGUUACAUGUCCAAGUGGACACAUAUGAAGAACCACCUUCACAUUCUCAUUCAUACACGCCACCUUCUCAUCGUGGUUACUGUCAAAUAAAAGUUUUUUGUGAUAAGGGUGCCGAAAGAAAGACACGCGACGAAGAGAGAAGAGCAGCCAAGCGUAAAAUGACUGCUACAGGCAGGAAAAAGCUUGAUGAAUUGUAUCACUCUGUUACUGAACGCAGUGAAUUUUAUUCAAUGGCUGAUCUUCAUAAACCACCGGUAUUAUUUUCACCACCCGCUGAGCACGCACUUGACAAGCAGUUUUCAACAAUGGAAUUAUCAGGGUUUUACGGGGCGGGAAAUGGCGGUGGUGACACAGACACCUCAUCGCUCAGCAACGGUGAGGGCGGAAUGAAAACAGGAACCAGUAGUCCGUACCCAGGAUGCGGAAGACCCAGUCUUCCAGCUUUAAAAUUUCACAAUCACUUUCCUCCAGACAAUCUCGCCGGAAUCCACGACAAAAAAGACUCGCUGCUGAUGCAAGUCCAGGAAUUGCAAGGCACCGUUCUUCAAGGAGUUCCUCCAGGUGCUUUGACCUCCACUGCAGGAACUCUCGUCUCCAGUGUCAGUAAUCGUCUGCAUCUACAGCAUCAGACUCAGCAAUCUCACCUCCGUGGAAACGAUUCUGAAGAACGGGUCAUGCUUUAUGUCAGACAGGAAUCUGAAGAUGUCUACACGCCGCUACAUGUCACGCCUCCUACCGUCCAAGGACUCCUCAAUGCUAUUGAAUCAAAGUACAAAAUUGCAUCCUCGAGUAUUAAUAAUCUGUAUCGAAAAAACGCAAAGGGAAUCACGGCGAAAAUUGACGAUGAGAUGAUCCGCCAUUACGUCGACGAAGACUUAUUCCUAUUGGAAGUGAGUCAUUCAACGACACCGGCAAACCCGGAAUGUAAUCAAAGCAAUCCAGGGUCACCUGGGGAUCCAGAUGACCCCAACGACUCGUCGUCAAUAGGUUACGAUGUUACGCUAAUUAAAUUGCAAACACAAUUAACGCCCCCGCCUCCGUCAUUAUCAUCAUCAACUUCACCCGCGACUGUAAAUUCUCAUAUUCACGGCCACGUUCACGAGGUCACGAAUUCGUGA